UGUGUAUCAGCCAUCCCUUGGACUUCUGGUAGAGUCGCAUCCCAGAUUCCGUUGCCCCUACCACGAAUUCCGAUUCCUCCCGCUCGCCGUCGCUGGCGCCAUUGACUCCAGCCCCGCGGCCGGCGGCGGAGCAGCAGCAGCCAGCAGCCUGCACCCGAUGGGGAUCCCGCCCGCCUCCCUCGCUGCCCGGUCGGCCGUCGGCGCGGCGCUGGCCGGCGUCAUCGCCGCGCGCGCCGUCCGCCGCCGCUCGCUGGACGCCACCGGCGGGGCCGCCGGGUUCGUCGUCAUGGCGGUACACCUCGCCUGCGGCUACCGGUACGGCGCGGUGAUGCUGGCCUUCUUCUUCACCUCGUCCAAGGCGACCCGGGUCGGCGCGGACCGGAAGCGCCGGGUCGAGGAGGGGUUCAAGGAGGGCGGCCAGCGGAACUGGAUCCAAGUCCUAGCAAAUAGCUCAAUAGCUACUAUAUUGGUCAUCAUAUUGGCAACAAUGACUGGGGGACAAGAUAAAUGCCUGGACUCAAAUGAGUCAAAGGUUAUAACUGGUAUUAUAGGUGGCAUCAUUGGCCACUAUUGCUGCUGCAAUGGGGAUACUUGGUCAUCCGAACUUGGUGUACUUAGUGAUGAACAACCAUGGCUUAUUACUACUCUGAAGCCUGUCAGGAAAGGUACAAAUGGUGGAGUCACCUUACAAGGCCUUCUUGCAGCCACAGCAGGUGGCCUAAUCAUUGGUCUGACUUUCGUUUUUGUUGGACUGUUGACUGCGGAGUGCUCAUUUGAUGUGGCUCUUCGACAGCUCCUAGUAAUACCCAUUUCUGCUGCUGGUGGUUUGCUUGGCAGUCUGAUUGAUUCAGUGCUGGGUGCCACACUGCAGUUCAGUGGAUACUGCAAUGUUCGGAAGAAGGUGGUCAGUAAACGGGGUCCUACCGUUACAAAGAUUUCUGGAAUGACUAUCCUGGAUAACGAUGCUGUUAACGCUGUAUCAGUGCUGCUAACAACUGUGCUUACUGCUUAUGCGUGCAUUCUCAUCUUUUGAAGAUAUGUUUACUCAGGUUCUUCCAAUACACUCGGUUCCAUUCGAAGGGUGGAAAGGCAUGACUCCAAGAUGGUGAAACGAUGGAUCUGGCUGCUGGACGAGCGAGAUUCAAUCUCCUCUAUGAUCUUUAUUACUUCAAGAAAAAAAAAUGUAUGGUUGGAUGCUACACCAAGCUGGAAAGUAUCAAUUUUCCAAAGCAUAUACAGCUAGCUGCUCUACUAAAGCUGGAUGGUCUUGAACCCUGUUGUCUACUGAACUAAGAAGGACUGUCGACUCUGGAUGAUGGCUGUUCUUGUCUCUCUACUUUGUCAAGGAUCAUCGAGUCUCAAUGAUGGCUGUUCCUGUGGACUCGUAGUUUAAUGAUAAACCUUCAUCUAGCUCUUCUUUGCCCUCGUCGAAGUCGCCGCCUCCCCACCCGUCAGCCUUCUCUUGCUUCCACUAUCAUGUUCCUUGUAACACGGUGCUUAAUAAACUCAACACUUGCAUCGAUCUUUUCAAUAGUAUACUAUUUAAUUACAAAAAAUAAGGGUUAGAUGUCAGAAAUUGCAAAAGUAGUACCUAUCGAAUUGGGCCUGCUUGAGAUGGGUCAUGUUGUCAUUUACUUGUUUGAAUAGGGGGCUUGUCAACGUAACCUAGUUUGGCGGGGCUAUGUCGAUAUAGAGCUUGAGCUAGCUGGCUGGGGAGAGCAAUUUAAAGGCCAUUGUCUAGUCGACAUGAGUUGCAUUUGAGCAUCUCCAAUAGUCUCCUUGAAAUAGACUCUUCAAACAUCUAUA